GGCGGGACGAUGACUAUCCGAUGUGCUGGCAACAGGUUGCACUGGUAGCGGGGGAGAAAUUUCCCGGUGUCCUCUGUUCAUUGAGUAACAUCUUCCCAUCCCACCAACACAGUACAGAGCCGCUGCUGCUGCUGCUGCUGCUGCUGAGAGCACCGACACAGGAGCUGUGGCUGAGGACGGAGGAACAUCUCUGGAUCAUCCGUGCAGGUGCAAAACCAGGAAGUCAGCAUGACCACUCUGUCCACUGACAGGAAGCCUCUUGUGGAUUACGGCGUUCAGAUCCGCUUCAUUAAGGACCUCCAUGACACAGGCGGAGGCUAUACAGAUAAAUCCAAAGGGAACACCAGUGCAACCCCUCCUUCCAGUAAGUAUGGGGUGGCUGUGCACGUUCAGGGAAUCUCUGGACAGCCUUAUGUGGUCCUGAAAGAUGGCGAGAAAGGUGACUCUUAUGGAGUUCAGCUGAACACUCCCACCCCCAGCUCGGGGCCACCUUCACCUUGCAACAGCCUCCCCAAAACGAACGAAGAACCAGCAGAAUUAACAAACCCAUAUGGCCCUGCUGUAAAUACAGCACGCUCCCCUGUUUCGUCAACAGAGGAUGAGGUUGGGGAGAUUUUUGGGAGCCCUCAUAAAAGACCUCCAGGGGACGGUCAAGCAGGAACACAAGGGGAGGAGGAGGGUGGAGCUGGCAGACAGGGAGAGAGGUCAAAAGCUGUACCCCCAAGAGUCAGCCAAGCAGAGAAAAACAGAGACGGGACUAGUAAUGAGGAGUACAACGAAGCAGGGCUGAAACCUGUCAGAUUAAAUGGCGUGGGACCCAGAGGGGUCAAGCAAACUGUCUCCGGCUACACCGGCUCUUUGGGGAGAUACAGUGUGAAAAAACAGAGCACAGAUUCUCCUUCAGAGUCGUUCCCAAAACCUCCAGCAUCAACUAACCAGGAGCCCAUCCCAGCAAUUGACACCAACUCCCUGGCCCCCAUCAACAAGCUCAUCAAUAAGUUCAACAGCGGGACGCCAGGCAGCGGGACGCCAGGCAGCGGGACGCCAGGCAGCGGGACGCCAGGCCGCUCUGGAGCGAGGCAGCGGCUCCGGUUUGACGAGCGCAGGCGGUCGAGAAGUCUCGAUGCUCGAAAGGAUGUCCAGCCCGAGUUUCCCUCUUCAAGUUCUCCAACCAUGAAUCCCUACGCUGUCCCUCUGUCUACCUCCUCGUAUUUGUUGGCAUCAUCUGCCCCAGUGAGCGGCAGCCUGGGAACCAGCCCUGCAUCUGUUUCCAAGGUGACGGCACUCGAGGCCCCCAAGCAGAGCUUUAAAUCACCAGGGAAGUUUGUUGCCACGGACACCCAUCCAGCUGUGGCAAAAAAGCCUGAGAUAACUCCGAGGAGCCUGAGCCUGAGCAAAGACAUCAUCAAUGGGGAGGAAUCUCAAGUCAAGCAAGCUAUUUUCAACAUCCUUAAAGAUGGCACCAAUGAAAGCGAGGGGUCCCUCAAAAGGAAGGUCAACCUUGUCUACGAGACAACCAGCAGUUGUAAGAAGGGAGGAUCUGAUGGGAGUUUCAGGAAGGGGAACCUUGAGGAACUUCAGGAGCAACUCAGUCGCUGCAAGAAAGAACUUCAGCAAGUCCAUGAUGAACUGGCCGAGGAGCGUAUGGCCAGAGAGAUGGCUGAGUCUCGUCUGCGCCUACAGGAAGAUCAGCUGGCUGAGCUUCAGGAGGAGCUGAGGAGGGUUUCAGAAAACUCACCUCACUCAGACUCGCUGCAGAUGGAUGUGAUGACUCUGCAGGCCGACCUGGCCGAGGCCGCCAUGUUACGUCAGCGCCAGGAGGAGAUUCUACGGCAGCGGGAGCGGGAGCUGACGGCCUUAAAGGGGGCGCUGAAGGAGGAGGUGGAGUGCCAUGACAGAGAGAUGGAGACUCUGAGGGAGCAGUACAGCCAGGACAUGGACAACCUGAGGACAACCAUGGAGCAGGUCACACAGUCCCAGGAGCAGAUAGAAGAGGAGAGGGAGAGGGUGAACGCCUCCAUAUUGACGCUGGAGGAAGAACUGGAGAGCUACAGAGAUCAGGGAGAGAAGUGGAAGACGCAGCUGGACGCCACCACGAAGGAGCUGCACAACACCAAAGAGGAGAGCGGGAGGCACAUCAGCAGUCGAAUGCUGCUGAAAUCCCGUGUGGAGCGGGAUGAACUUGAGUGUGAGCUGAAAGAUCUUCAGGAUUCACAGCUUGCCACGAAGAAACAAAACCUCACGUCUGAGGAUAACCAUUCUCUAGCAGAGGAGCUUCGGCGUUGCCAUGAUGAUCUGAAGCAGGCUCGCACCGAUCUGGACAAACAAAAGGGCGAGCUAGAUGAGAAGAGAGAGGCACUUAAAGCCCUGAAGAGAACGAGUGGAGAGAAAGAGGCCGAGCUUCUGUCUGAGAUCAGCAGGCUGAAGGAGCAGGCGCAGAAAGACAAGGCCGAGCUGGAAAAGGCGUCUGUGAAGGCAAAGGAGUCAUCAGUCGGGUCUUCAGGAAAGACUGUGGUGGACCACAGCACCAACCUGGAGCUCCAGGAAGCAAACACUCGCCUCAGAGAGAGGCUGGCCCGCAUGACGAGACUUCACUCCAGCGCUCGAAGCCCGGAGGCUGAGGAGGCGGUGGAAGCUCUGGAGGAUGAUAACCGCUCCCUGAAGACUCAGCUGGAGGAGGCCAAGAGAGGAGCCACCCGCCUGAGCAAGGAGAGGGAUGAGCUGACCCGGCAGCUGGAGGAGAGAGACCUGGAGAGGGAGGCGCUGAGGAGGGGCAAGAGCGACCUGGAGGAUCAGAAGAGGCUGUUGGACCGAGCCCUGGAGAAGAUUAACAAAGAGAUGGAGAUCAUGAUGGGAGAUUCCCGUCAGUCGGUUUCCACCCUGCAAUCACAACUUGACGACUACAGGGAGCGCUCGAGGAAGGACUUGCUGGAAGCCCAGCGCAACAGCAAGGACAGGCUGGCUGAGCUGCAGAGGGCUCAGAGCAACCUCAAGGUCCAGCAGGAUGAGGUUUCCCGUCUGAAGAAGGAGCUGCUGGGGUGCAGCGAGGAGAGAGACAGCGCCCAGUUGGACAGAGACCUCCUCAGCAACCGUCUCAAACACUUGGAGAGCGAGCUAGAAUCAGAGAAGAGCAGCCACACUGACCGCACCAGGGAGAUCAGGGGCCUGGAGGAUAAGAUUAAGACGAUGGAGAUCGAGCUGGAUGAGGAGAGGAGCAGCGUGGAGCUUCUGAACGACCGCAUCACUCGUAGCAGAGAUCAGGUGGACCAGCUUCGCUCAGAGCUGAUGCAGGAGCGUUCGGCGAGACACGACCUGGAAAUGGACAAGAGCGCACUUGAGAGACAGUUGAAAGAGUUGAAGUCUCGUGUGGCGGACAUGGAGGGACAGAAUCGGCCCUCACCUGGACUCAGCCUGCUGGAAAAAAAAAUUCAAGAGUUGGAGGAGAGACUGCGCAGUGAGGAAAGAGAGAAGGCCAGCAUCCAGGCCUCUCAGCGACGGAUGGAGAGAAAGCUAAAGGAGCUAAACGCCACUUUAGACCAGGAGAGAACCCAGCAUGUCGAGCAGAGAGAUCAGCUGUCUCUGCGCGUGAAGGCCUUGAAGCGGCAGGUGGACGAGAGCGAGGGGGAGGUGGAGCGCUUGGAGGGAGUCCGCCGGAAGGUUCUCAGGGACCUGGAGGAGCAGCAGGAGCUCCAAGAAGCACUGCGGGCCAAAGUCACAGCCCUGGAGACUGAACUAAAGCGGAAGUCACAGCACUCACAUCGUUCAGCUCUGGGCUCCUCCACUUUAAGCUCUGAGGAUGAGGACGGUUUCUAUGACACCAACAUCACCUCCAUCCUCAACGAGAGCCACCUACAGACCACCAACUGCUAGAGGAAGAUGAAUUCUUUUUUAAAAAAGGACCCUUCCUCCAGUGCAGACACUUGUAAGAUUUUAUCAGAGAGAGGUACUCAGGGCAUCAAGGACUGGCUCGUGCGUUGCCAUGCACUACAAACUUGCCUUGCAGUUCUUCGGUUUUAUUUUUAGCACAGCAGUCCAACAGAGACAGGUUGUCAGGAUAAUUAGAUCGCAUUUUUUUUUUAGCCUUCAGCUGUGAUUAUGAUUGCUUCACUGCUGCCAUGUUUUAUCUGUCUUGAGAUCCUCAGUGUCUGUUUCUCUGUUAUUUUAAAGAGAAGAAUUACAGUUACACUUAGAAAUACAAGUUUCAAUACGCUGUACUUCAACGUGAAUCUCCUCAGAAAGGCUCUUUGUUGUGUGCAUUGACUAUAUUUACUAUAUACUACUGUGGCAUGCGUUAUGUUCAGAGGUCAUACUCGCAAAAUUCAAACUACUUUUAAACCAAAAAAUAACUUUAUAAGACUCUUUUUUUCGUAUUGUUCCCAUCUUGUGUUUGCUUGCACACGAUAAGUUACAUCUGUCAGUGUUGGUAGCAGCUCAGAGUGUUUCUUUGUGUAUUAAAAGUGAUGUUUUGUUUUUUACCUUUGAACGUGACACUGACGGGCCAUUUAAACUGAGCCUAUAUUUUUACACUGUAUUAGCUGUGCAUACCUGUUACUCAAGACAAUCAAAUAUACGUACAGUAGCACUGUGUAUCCUCAGAGAUUAAUCCUCUCCCUAUAAACUUUUCUACUGUAACCACCAUAUUUCUGAUGUGGUUUAAUGUGUCCUUGAGCUUGAUUUGUGUGCAUGUUCUCACUCUAAUGCCUUAAAAACUAGCUUCAUAUCUUUGUUUUACCUCAUGUUGUGUCUGCAUGUGUUCUGUUUAUAUGCUGCUGUAAUGGUUUAAAUAGUAUUUUAUAUGCUUGCCUGUGCGUGCAUCUCCUGUUCAUUCCUACUGAGAGAAUCAUUAGUAGAGAUUUGGAAGCAUUUUUCUUUGUUGCACCUGGCCGUUAUUAAUGUUGAUUGUAACCUCCAUAUGACACUUUGAUUAUUGUUUAACCACGUCACUUUUAAGAUUUGUAUUGGGGAAAUUACAAGUAAGGAGGCUGUUAAAUGUAGAAUAUGUUUAUUAAGCUGCUGGUAACAUUUUUCACAGAUAUUUUAAGUACAUUUUGGACUGUGUGUACAAUAAAAAGAUGUGUAUCAGAU